AUGGAAGUAUUUCUUUACAAUUCUACUGUUUGUAGAUUAUGUGGGGAAGAAAAUGAUAAUGGAACAUUAUUGUUUUCUUGUGAAGAAAAUAAUCCAAACUUAAGUGAAGUUAUUAAUACAUAUUUGCCAAUCAAGGUAUUCGAUGAUGGACAAUUGCCUCGAACAAUCUGUCCAGGAUGCACUAUUCAGUUGGAGGCCACCGUAGAAUUUUUAACACUAAUUAUUAACGGACAGAAAGUAAUUCGUGAGCUACAUCUCAGAGAGAGAGAAUAUAAAAAAACAAUCCUAAAUCCUUCUCCUGAACAAGAUGUCAUUACAGAAAAAAUUGUUUAUGAAGUAAACACAAGUAAUGGAGUAUACCAAGUGGAACACCCUAUUGCUUUACAAGUGGCUGGUCUUGACAAACCAAAACGUAAACGAGGCAGGCCACCUAAAAAGAUCAAAAGUCCUGAAGAGUUGGCUCAAGAAGCAGCUGCAAAAGAAAAAGAGUUAAACUCUGUAAAAGUAUGUGAUAAGGAUGAAGAGCCUACUGGAAAACGGAGACGGAAAACACCAACUAGAUUUAGAGAAGCUGUGCAGGGUAAAGAACUUGAAAGAAUAUUUAAAGAAGAAGGAGUGACUGAUGGUGAGGAAAGUGACCGUGAUCUGAAACCUAAUUUGGACAUCGAAGUAAAGGUUCCUGUGUCAAAAGAGCCAGAAAUUAUAGGACAUAUGGAGAACUCGGGAGAAGUGGUGGUCUUUGUCAAAGGCAAGGGGAGGGGUAGACCAAAAGGCCCAAUGCGCUUAACUCGCAAAGAAUGUGCAAUCUGUGGUAUGGAGUUCUCCUGUGCUGGACGUUACAUGUCCCAUGUUGCCCAUCAUGGACCGGUCAUAUAUCAAUGUGGUCAGUGUAAAGAGACCUUUGAUACCCGGCUUAACUUCACCAACCAUCAAAAAGAGCUGGAACAUGUUGGACAAAAUGUUAUCCCAAUUGGCAAGAAGAAUGCUAAAAAUAUACAGAACAUAUCAGAAAUGAUUAAAAUGGAAUCACAAGCUGCAAGUAUUCAGCCCAUAACAGAGACUCCUGAUGUGGCAGUAAAUAUGUUAGUAGACAAUGUGAUGACAGCUUUACCUGACCUAAGUGCAGAGCCAGUUAUCAAUGAGGCUGAACAAUUGCGUUCUGACGACCUCACCACUGAAAUAACUUCUAGUCCAAGUGUGGAAGGUGCUGUUAAAAUCAUGGAUACAUCCCCUGAUGUAGUAGAGGUUACAGAAAAGUCUGAUGAGGUGGAACAAGUGGAGACCUUACCUGCAGGGAAAGUAAGACUGAACUGCCCCCACUGUGAAAAAACAUUUAGUAAUAAACAGAGCAAGUCACUGCAUAUUAAGGCGGCGCACGUGGGCGAGCGGCCGUACGUGUGCGGCGAGUGCGGCGCGCGCUUCGCCUACCCGCGCUCGCUGGCGCUGCACGCCGUGUCGCACCGCCGCCAGCGCCCGCGACACGCCAAGGGCUACGCCUGCGACCUGUGCGGGAAGCGAGACGACCAUUAUACACACCUACCCGCGCUCGCUGGCGCUGCACGCCGUGUCGCACCGCCGCCAGCGCCCGCGACACGCCAAGGGCUACGCCUGCGACCUGUGCGGGAAGGUAACUGUAGCGUCUUAGCCGACUUCCUCAGCGAGACGACCAUUAUACACACCUACCCGCGCUCGCUGGCGCUGCACGCCGUGUCGCACCGCCGCCAGCGCCCGCGACACGCCAAGGGCUACGCCUGCGACCUGUGCGGGAAGCCGACUUCCUCAGCGAGACGACCUUAUACACACCUACCCGCGCUCGCUGGCGCUGCACGCCGUGUCGCACCGCCGCCAGCGCCCGCGACACGCCAAGGGCUACGCCUGCGACCUGUGCGGGAAGGUAACUGUAGCGUCUUAGCCGACUUCCUCAGCGAGACGACCAUUAUACACACCUACCCGCGCUCGCUGGCGCUGCACGCCGUGUCGCAACCGCCGCCAGCGCCCGCGACACGCCAAGGGCUACGCCUGCGACCUGUGCGGGAAGGUAACUGUAGCGUCUUAGCCGACUUCCUCAGCGAGACGACCAUUAUACACACCUACCCGCGCUCGCUGGCGCUGCACGCCGUGUCGCACCGCCGCCAGCGCCCCGCGACACGCCAAGGGCUACGCCUGCGACCUGUGCGGGAAGGUAACUGUAGCGUCUUAGCCGACUUCCUCAGCGAGACGACCAUUAUACACACCUACCCGCGCUCGCUGGCGCUGCACGCCGUGUCGCACCGCCGCCAGCGCCCGCGACACGCCAAGGGCUACGCCUGCGACCUGUGCGGGAAGCGAGACGACCAUUAUACACACCUACCCGCGCUCGCUGGCGCUGCACGCCGUGUCGCACCGCCGCCAGCGCCCGCGACACGCCAAGGGCUACGCCUGCGACCUGUGCGGGAAGGUAACUGUAGCGUCUUAGCCGACUUCCUCAGCGAGACGACCAUUAUACACACCUACCCAGCGCUCGCUGGCGCUGCACGCCGUGUCGCACCGCCGCCAGCGCCCGCGACACGCCAAGGGCUACGCCUGCGACCUGUGCGGGAAGGUAACUGUAGCGUCUUAGCCGACUUCCUCAGCGAGACGACCAUUAUACACACCUACCCGCGCUCGCUGGCGCUGCACGCCGUGUCGCACCGCCGCCAGCGCCCGCGACACGCCAAGGGCUACGCCUGCGACCUGUGCGGGAAGGUUCUGAAUCAUCCGUCCUCGGUUGUGUACCACAAGGAAGCCGAACACGCAGGCCAGCGAUACGUGUGCAACAAAUGCGGCAAGUCCUUUAAACACAUACAGUUAUUGCAAAGACAUCAACUCGUUCACUCUCAAGUCAGACCUUACACAUGCAAGACUUGUGAAGCUUCAUUCAAAACUAAGAGAAACCUACUUAAUCAUCAGCUGUUACAUACGGGUGUCAAAAAAUUCUCCUGUGAGAUAUGUAAACAUAAGUUUGCACACAAGACCAGUCUCACGUUGCACAUGCGAUGGCAUACCGGUCAGAAACCUUACUCGUGCAACACGUGCGGUAAGAGUUUCAGUCAGAAGGGGAAUCUAUCGGAGCACGAGCGGAUCCACACGGGCGAGAAGCCGUUCCAGUGCUCGCUGUGCCCGCGCCGCUUCACGACGUCGAGCCAGCACCGCCUGCACGCGCGCCGCCACGCCGCCGACCGGCCCUACGCCUGCACGCACUGCGGGAAGAGGUUCGUGUCGCGCGGCUCGUGGGCGGCGCACGUGCGGCGCGAGGCGGGGGGCGGUGCGCCGGGCGGGCCGGGGGACGGUGCGGGUGGGCCGGGGGGCGGAGCGGGCGGGGCGGGGGGCGCUCACCGCUGCUCGUGCUGCGCGCGCACGUUCGCGGAGCGCUGGGCGCUGCUGAAGCACAUGCGCACGCACUCGGGCGAGCGCCCCUUCCGCUGCCCGCACUGCCCGCGCGCCUUCGCCGACUGCUCCAACCUCAACAAGCACAAGAAGCAAGUUCAUAAACAGAUCAGUUUACUCGCCAACUCGCAGCCUCAACCCCAGCAGAUCCAACAAACGGUGUCCGUCCCAAAUAGUUCACCGAUUGGCAUGAAAUUCGAGACCCAAGAAGACUCCCUCGAAGAGAGAGUCAUUUAUGUGACCUAUGACGUUGACGAAGCUGACUCGCCAGCAUUCCAUAUACUGUCCCCAGAACAGGCGGCCGGUCUUGAUGAAAAUAAAGUGAUGACAACAUGCGAGUUAUAUUCGGGCCCAUCACUGCUUGUCCCACAACCAAAACUGGAACAAUUGGAGUUGGCGUCGGAACCAUUGGAACAAGAAGACCUAGAGCAGCUACAGGAACAACUUGUGUUAGAAGGACAUGAACAUAUGCCUGUGACAGAUGAACAAGGCAAUCCACUCCAUUUCACGAUGCAAGAUGGCACAAGACUUGCUAUCACGUCUGCUGAUGGUAAAUCUUUACAGGUGAUUACACAAGAUGGCCAGACAAUUCCUGUUGAAAUAAAUGGAUAUGCUGAUGAAGAGGAAGUGGACAACCCGGACACGAUAGUGCAUCAAUUGAAUCUACAAAAGAGCGUGGACAACAACGUGUCAGCGCCCGUCACUCACUACUUCACUAUCGUUUAA